CACACUUCUACCUCCUGUCACCCUGUUGGAUAGAAAACACACUCAGGAGUUAGUUAGUUUCCAGCUGCUGAAGAGAGAGGACGAAAGAGAACAGCUGAGACGACUUUAGAGGGACGCGAUGUAGAAAGACAGGUGAACAGACAGGUGAACAGGUAACAGCGUCGUCAUGUCCAUCAGUGUGAAUCUGAGGAGGAUCUCCAACCUGCCGGGACGAUACGACAGAAAGGUUGAACUCUGCUUCAGAGGUUUCACCCACAAAACCAGAGUCCUGCAGUGCGAGAACGUGGCCGUCUUCAACGAGUAUUUCCGUUGGCCUCACUAUGGUAAAGUGGUGAAAGAUGAAGUUUUGACCAUCAGUGUUUACAACUGCAGUAAAGUCUUCUCCAACAGACUGCUGGGAAAACUCGUCAUCAGUCUCCAGCAUGUUGUUACCUCGGGGAGGCUGUUGCUACGGGAACCACUCACUGAUGCCAACUACAGCCUGACUGAUAUCUAUGUAGAGCUGGAUAUUCGUUAUCAUCCAGUUGAGGGAACUGCAGGAAGCUGGGAGGGACACGACUUCCUGGGUGUUGAAGAUGAGAAGGAUGAAUCAGCUCUGGUCAUCAGGAAUGACGGAUUCGUUGACCCCGAGAGUCAGAGGACCGUCGUUCGCCCAGAUCAGGUGGAGAGAGAGGCUCGUCGUCUGGGGCGCAGCCUGGUCAGGACUGGAGAUGAAGACGACGACGACGACGAUGAUGAUUUUGAUGAUGACCUGAUGGACAUGGAGGCUUCAGACAUCAUCCUCACUCCUCUGCUGAGUCGUUGCAGGCCGCUGUCCAGAAGUGUUGUUGCUGGGACGCCCAGAGUCCAGAGCUUCCAGGUGAAUGUGAACAUCCUGGAGGCUCAGAAACUGGUCGGAGUGAACAUCAGUCCUGCAGUUUUCAUCAGAGUGGGAGGUCAGAAGAAACACACAGCGACGCAGAAAUCUACCAACUGCCCCUUCUACAACGAGAACUUCCAGUUUGAGUUUCAUGAGGCUCCUCAGAUUCUCUUCGAUAAAGUCAUAGAGAUAAAGGUGGUCCACAGGCGGACUCUGGCCUUCCUGAUGACCCACAUCGGGUCCUUUAAGAUUGACAUCUCCACCGUGUACAACCAGCCAGACCACCGCUUCUACCAGAAAUGGGCGCCUCUCACCGACCCAGCAGACACCAGGUCAGGGAUCAAAGGAUACGUUAAAGCUAGCCUCAGUGUGCUGAUGAAGGGAGACGCCAUGAGCAUACCCAGUCUGCCACCACCCUCCACGUCUGGAGCCAGUGAGGACAUAGAAAAGAACCUGCUGCUUCCUCGUGGAAUGGCCUCUGAGCGUCCGUGGGCUCGGUUCCGUGUCCGGAUCUACCGGGCUGAGGGUCUGCCCACUAUGGACGAGGGUCUAAUGGCUAAGAUGUCAAAGGUCACUGACCGGACAGUCUUCAUUGAUCCCUAUGUAAAAGUGACCUUUGCAGGACAACAGGGGGAGACGUCGGUCGCCAACGCCACCAGCUGCCCAGUUUGGAACGAGGAGAUCUCCUUUAUUGAGCAGUUUCCUCCUCUGGCUCAGCGAAUCAUGGUCCAGAUCCUUGAUGAUGCCAAGAUGGGAGACAUUGCCCUGGCAACGCACUUCCUGGACCUGCAGCAGAUCUCUGACCCCACAAGGAACGGGUUUAACCCCACCUUUGGUCCAAGUUGGGUCAACCUUUACGGCUCUCCACAGAACUCCACCCUCGGAGACGUCCACCAGGCUUUGAAUCAGGGUCUGGGUGAAGGGAUCUUUUAUCGUGGUCGGAUCCUCCUCGCUCUGACUGUGGAGGUGUAUGCCGCCUCCUCUGCUGUCACUUCAGAUACAGGCUCAGUCGCCCUGGGAAAGGUGAAAGGAGCGCUGGGGAAGCUGGGACUGAGGAAGAAGAGGAGCAGCAAGAAGAAGGAGAAGAAGGAAGCAUCUGUAGCUGCCAGUGGAGCGGUUGAUGAGUCAGGGGAGGCGGGAGUUGAGGUACCAGAGGCUGUUACUGUGGAUGUUGAGGAGAUCCACCCACUCCCUGAGGGUUUCCUUGGAGAGAGGGAGGACUUUCUGCUGUUCAUGUCUCUGUUUGAAAUCACUAUGAUAGACCCAUCUGUAGGAACCAGACCAUUGACCUUUGAACUCUCCAUAGGGAAUUAUGGGAAGGCUGUGGGGGUUGGGAGAUCUAAGAAGAGUCAGAGCAAGGAGGAGCUGAGAAGGAGCAGGGAGGAUCUGAGGAGGAGCAGGGAGGAUCUGAGUGAAGAGGUGCAGGGACUGCUGGAGUCAGAGGAAGAGCUGGACAGAGAGGAGGUGCUGAGUCCUGAACCUGAGAUCAGAUCAGUGUCUGCUCCAAUGAAACCUGUGCCCACUGAGUAUGACAGGUCGUACCAGUGUGUUCCCCUCCAGCCUCCCUUCAUGAAGCAGAAACCUUGUCUGUUUGUCUGGAGUCAGUUUGAAGAUCACAGCUUUCGCUUCUAUCAGGCGAACUGGCUCAGCAAGAUGGCCGACAGGCUGGCGAUUGGUCUUCAUGAGGUGGAGCGUCUCCUGAGGAGGCCGAGGAGUAACGCGAAGGAGCGUUUGGUGGAGGUGCUGCUGGAGCUGGUGACCUCCUGCAAACAGUUUAGCGGUUUCUCCGACAGGAGGUCUCAGUCUCGUCCCAACAACCUGGACAAAUGCAGGAGGGAGUUUAUCAAGAAGAAUUUGGUCCUGCUGGCCAGACAGGCAGUGAGGGCCAGGCGGAGGAUCACGAGGCGGACGGCCAAACAGCGGUUGAUCGACAGCAGGAAGCUCCUGAAGAAACUCCGCCUUCUGGCUAAAGAGCCCCAGAAUACCAUCCCAGACGCGUUUCUAUGGUUACUGAGCGGAAGCAAGCGAUUGGCUUACGUCAGGAUCCCCGCCCACUCCAUCAUGUUCUCACUGGUGGAGGAGCAGAGGGGCCGGCACUGUGGAAAAGUCACCACCCUGUACAUGAAGUCUCCAGGGGCUUCGGCCAGUGAGAUCUUUGCGAAGCUGGAGGUCUACCUGUGGCUCGGUCUGGCCAAGUACAGUAAAGAGGCCACCAACUGCCUGCCAGAGGAGUUCCUGCCGGUCUAUGAGGAGGAGGAGGAGCAGAGGAGGCUGGUCCCCGCGGGCAAGAGGAAACUACCUGUUAAUCUGUCCUGCCAGGACAGCAGAUACUUCCAGCUACGAUGUCACCUGUACCAGGGGCGUGGCCUGAUGGCAGCUGAUGACGACGGCCUAUCAGAUCCCUUUGCCAAAGUCCUUUUCUCUACUCAGUGCCAGGUCACCAGGGUGUUGUCGGACACGCUCUCUCCAGCCUGGUGUGAGUGUUUGUUGUUUGACAGAGUCCUGCUGGAGGGAACGAGGGAAGAGCUCCAACGAGACCCGCCCCUGAUCAUCAUCAGCAUCUUUGACUACGACUCAAUGGGUAGUCCGAAGCCUUUGGGUCGAGCGUUUGCUGAGCCAGAGUUUAAACCCGCAGAGGAGCCCUACAAGAAGCCCCGCCUCCGUUUCUAUGAUGUCACCAUGGGCAGGGCCGCCGCAGGCGAGCUGUUGGCCGCCUUCGAGCUGAUCGAGCUGGACUACUCUGGGUUUGGAGAGCCCUGCAUCCCCAGGAGUGUGGACCCUCAGGAGCUGACCUACUUGGAGGAGGAGAGAUGUUACGUCAUCCCAGAAGGAGUCCGCCCUGUUCUCAGGACCUUCAGGAUCGAGGUACUGUUCUGGGGUCUGCGGGAGCUGAAGAGGGUGAAUCUGUUUGAGGUGGAGCGCCCCCUGGUGAAGGUGGAGUGUGCAGGACGGAUGCUGGAGUCUGAAGAGAUCGUGAACUACAAGGCUCACCCCAACUUCAAAGAGCUGGUCCGCUACAUCGACGUGGAGCUGCCGGAGCAGGCCUACCUCCACCCUCCUCUGACAUUGUUUGUGGUGGAGCAUCGAGCCUUCGGUCAGCUCGCUCUGGUCGGGUCACAUGUGGUGCAGAGCCUCAUGGACUAUGCCCCACCUGAGCUCGGGGGGGAGCCAGAGGAGGAAGAGGAGGAGCCAAAACCAAAAGUGAAGCAGAAUCCACUGAAGGUCAACCCUCUGACGACAGUGAAGGAUAUCGGACUCAGCAACCUGUUGAUCAAACAGUCAAAGAUUCCCAUUCCUAACCCCAUGAAGCUGGUUAAUGCUCCUCUAAAUAAGCUGAUGAAGAAGGGGGAGGAGCUGGAGGAGGAGCCGCCAGAGAAAGAGGAGUUGGACUGGUGGUCCAAAUACUACGCUUCACUGGAAGAGAUGGAGAGAAAGGCUGCUGAGAAGGAGGAGAUGGAGGAACAAGCAGAGACAGAUGGAGCAAAUCUGACCAUGGCAAACAUCGAGGAGGAGGAGGAGGAAGUGGUGGUGGUGGAGAUUGAGCCUCCCAAACGCAAGAAGAUCGCCACACUUAAGUUAUACGGAGGUGAUCUGGAGUCAGAGUUCAGUCAGUUUCAGGACUGGCUGCAGAUCUUCCCGCUGUAUAAAGGCAGAGCGAGUGCUGAGGAUGAGGAGGAGGAUGAAGAGGAGAGGUUGAUGGGAAAAUACAAGGGCUCCUUCCUCGUUUAUCCAAUUGAGUCAGAAGAGGAAGAAAACACCAAGUGUAAGAUUACAAAUGGAAUCCCCAAAAAUUCACCGAUCAAAGUCUUAGUCCGGGUCUACAUCGUCAAGGCCUCCAGUCUGGCUCCCACAGACCCGAACGGUAAAGCUGACCCAUACCUGGUGGUCCGAGUCGGACAGCAGAGUCUAGACACCAAAGAUCGAUACAUCCCCAAACAGCUCAACCCGACGUUCGGAGAGGUGUUUGAGCUCACUGUGUCUUUCCCGCUGGAGACUGAGCUGUUUGUCACGGUGCUGGACCACGAUCUUGUUGGGGCCGAUGACGUUAUAGGCGAGACGCGGGUUGACCUGGAGAACCGGUUCUACAGCCGCCACAGAGCCUCCUGUGGUCUGGCUCUUUACUACGACACUGACGGUUAUAAUAAGUGGCGUGAUGCGAAGAAGCCGUCAACCGUCUUGGCUGAGCUCUGCAGGAAGAAUGGCAUCCCGUCUCCAGAGUACAGAACAUCUGAGGUCAAAGUCCUCAACAAGAUCUUCAAGAUCCCACCAGAUGCAGUACCUGAAGCUCUGCUGAAGAAGAACCAGCGGACUCCAGAGGAGGAGGCAGAGAUGGAGGAGCAUGCAGCCCUGAGUGUGCUGCAUCGCUGGGGGGAGAUGAACGAGUUUCUCCCUGGAGCCGUCACUCUGGUCCCAGAGCACGUGGAGAUCCGGUCCCUGUGGAACCCGGACAAACCUGGACUGCCACAGGGUUAUCUUCAUAUGUGGGUGGACAUGUUUCCUACUGAUAUCCCGGCCCCUCCCCCUGUCGACAUCAAGCCCCGCCUACCUGAACAGUACGAGCUGCGUGUAAUCAUCUGGAACACGGAUGACGUGUUUCUGGACGACGUCAACCCGUUCACCGGUGACCCGUCCUCCGACAUCUACGUUAAAGGAUGGAUAAAGGGCCUGGAGUCAGACAAACAGGAGACAGACGUCCACUUCAACUCUCUGACUGGAGAAGGAAACUUCAACUGGAGAUUUGUGUUUCGCUUCGACUACCUUCCUACUGAGAAAGAGGUGGUUUACAAGAAGAAGGAGUCCAUCUUCUCUCUGGAGGAGUCAGAGUUUCGACAGCCGGCUGUUCUGACGCUGCAGGUCUGGGACUACGACCGCAUUGCCGCCAAUGACUUCCUGGGCUCCAUUGAGCUGCGUCUCAGCGACAUGGUACGAGCAGCCAAGUCGUCCAACAAGUGCACAAUCGAGAUGGCGAAGGAUCGGGCCGGCCCCCGAUUUUCCAUCUUUCGCGCCAAGAAGAUGAAGGGCUGGUGGCCGCUGACCCGCCUGAAGACGGCUGAGGACUUUGAGAGGGAGGAGAAGGAGAGGGAGGAAGCCAAGAAGAAGGGGAAGAAGAAAAAGAAAAAGGACAAGAGGAGCAAGAUGAGGCCGGAGGACAUCCAGUACACCGACAGCAGUGGCAACACCUUUCUGUUAAUGGGGAAGGUGGAGGCCGAGCUUCAGCUGGUGCCACUGGAGCAGGCGGAGGCCAACCCUGUGGGGCGAGCCCGCAAGGAGCCGGAGCCUCUGGACAAACCAAAUCGUCCCACCACCACUUUCAGCUGGUUCGUCAACCCAAUGAAGACCUUCAUCUUCCUCAUCUGGAAGAAGUUCAAGAAGUACAUCAUCGCUUUUGCCAUCCUCGCUGUCCUCACGCUCUUCCUCGUCCUCAUCCUCUACACGCUGCCGGGGCAAAUCUCCUCCCUUAUCAUCAAAGGAUGAAGGAACCUGUGCAGAGUCUUCCUCACCUCCUGCUGGAUUUCCCAGACUGUCUCAGGUUUCUGGUCCUGAAAUGAUGCAGUUUACGACUAACUGAUGUCAUAUUUACUCCUCAGCCUGAUUUCUGUGGAACUGUAAAGCUUAUGAUUUAAUAUAUUCUGUAUGAACUGCACUACAUUACCCAGCAUCCUUGUUGAUGUAAACAUGACCUGGAUGAUGGGAGGAAAAAUCAGGGAUCUGUUGUACUGUAGAAUUCAUCUGUCACCAGAGGAAAUUACUGGACACCUCUUACUUCAGGCUUCAUAUACAUAUUAAUAUUAUGUAAUUUAAGUAUUAUUUUAUUAUAAAACUGUACAGCGGCACUGGACGAGCGUACACCACAUAUCUGAUGUGAUAAAUCAGCACCUCUCUGUUGUGUACAAGUCUAAUUUUGCUGAUUAAAUAUAGUUGUGGUAACAUUUUUUUUAGUUCUAAACCAAUUAAAAUACAUUCAUUUUUUGUUUAAUUUUGCACUGACACAGACCUGAAGUCGAUUGUACCAGUUUCAGAAUGAUCAAUCUGAAUGUUAGCUGCUAUUUCUGAGUAAAUAAAUAAAUAAAUAAA